UGAAAACUCGAAAGGUAUAUUGUUUUAGUUUCUCUUUUAAAACUGUUUCCGAUGACGUGCGUAUUUUCUAAUGUAUUCAUUCAAAGAAAGCUUCCCGUGGGGUGUCGCCUCAGUAGGCGUGGCUUACGAGUCCGACGACUAACUCAUUCCCAAUCUCGAUCUUCCACCGCGCGGCCAGCUCGUCGAGUCGUAGUGUAUAGUCCACUCGAAAGGGUUCCUCUGAACCGCAUUUGUAAAAAAUAUAUAGUAUAUUUCGUGUCCUUUUUGCUUUGUUUGAAGCACAAUGCCUCUCGCACAGCUUGCGGACCCUUGGCGGAAGAUGAAUACGACUCCUAUAUCGGAGGCGGGGGACGAUACGGUAGCGGAUGAGUGCAACAAUGAAGUGAAAAUGGACGAUGAACCGUCCUCAGAAUUGGAUAUCUCAUCGGUGUUGGCAAAGACGAAGACUUGCCCCAAAGCAGAGCGAUCUCAUUUUGAACUGUUAAAAGUUCUGGGGCAAGGUUCCUUCGGCAAGGUCUUUCUUGUACGAAAAAUUGCUGGCACGGACGCCGGAACCCUAUACGCGAUGAAGGUGUUGAAAAAGGCUACUUUAAAAGUGCGAGAUAGAGUGAGGACGAAAAUGGAACGAGAUAUAUUGGUUGAUGUUCAACAUCCAUUCAUAGUCCAUCUUCAUUAUGCAUUCCAAACAGAAGGCAAGCUCUACUUGAUCUUAGAGUUUCUAAGGGGUGGUGACUUAUUUACAAGGUUAUCAAAAGAGGUCAUGUUCACAGAGGAAGAUGUUAAAUUUUACUUGGCUGAAUUGGCUAUUGCACUUGACCAUCUCCAUAAAGUUGGAAUCAUUUAUCGUGAUUUGAAGCCUGAGAACAUAUUGUUGGAUAGUGAAGGACAUAUCCAACUGACUGAUUUCGGAUUAUGCAAAGACUCUGUUUAUGACAAGAAGACCUAUUCAUUUUGUGGAACUGUUGAGUACAUGGCACCUGAGGUUGUGAACAGGAGGGGCCACACACAAGCUGCUGACUGGUGGUCAUAUGGUGUUUUGAUGUUUGAAAUGUUGACUGGAUCACUCCCAUUCCAAGGGAAAGAUAGAAAAGACACUAUGACAAUGAUUCUGAAAGCUAAGCUUGGAAUGCCACAGUUUCUGAGUCCAGAUGCCCAAAGCUUAUUGAGAAUGUUGUUCAAAAGAAAUCCAGCCAACAGACUAGGGGCUGCUGAAAAUGGAAUUGAGGACAUAAAGAAGCAUCAAUUCUUUGCUUCAAUAAACUGGGAAAAACUUAUAAGAAAAGAAUGUAAACCACCUUUCAAACCAGCUGUAAGAAGAACUGACGACGCUUAUUACUUUGAUAAAGAAUUUACCUCAAAAACACCCAAAGAUUCGCCAGCAAUUCCCCCAAGUGCCAACUGCCAUCAACUCUUCCGCGGAUUUAGUUUUGUCAGUCCGACAUUGAUAGAGGAAAGUGAUAAAAAUGGCAGUGAAAGCAUGGACGUUGAUAGCGCGUAUAGCAGCUUAGCAUCACAAUUUCCAGCUGUUGCCACGUCCUUCUUUGACGAUUACGAAAUGAAAGAGGAAAUUGCCAUCGGCUCGUACUCCGUGUGUAAGAAAUGUGUAAGCAAAUCUACGGGGAAAGAAUAUGCCGUAAAAAUAAUCGACAAACUAAAGAAGGAUCCUCGUGAAGAGGUUGAGAUUCUACUGAGGUUUGGUGGAAAACACAACAUCAUGGGAAUACGUGAUGUCUACGAGGAUGUAAAGAAUGUGUUCAUUGUUGCCGAGCUGAUGAGAGGUGGCGAAUUAUUGGACAGAAUUGUGAAGCAAAAGAACUUAUCCGAACGAGAAGCAGCAAAUAUAAUGCACACGUUAAGCGGUGCUCUGGCGUAUCUGCACAACGAGGGGGUGGUUCAUCGUGAUCUUAAACCAAGCAACAUCAUGUAUCUGGAUGAUAGUGGUUCAUACGAUGCUCUGAGGAUUAUUGACUUUGGUUUUGCCAAACAACUCAGAGCUGAUAACGGAUUGUUAAUGACGCCAUGUUACACAGCUAAUUACGUUGCACCUGAGGUUCUCAAGAAGCAAGGCUAUGACGUUGCCUGUGAUAUCUGGAGCUUGGGCGUCUUACUCUAUACCAUGCUUGCCGGGUAUACGCCAUUUGCUCAUGGUGCUGACGACAAUUCAAGUCAGAUUCUUAAAAGAAUCGGGGAAGGGAAGCUGGUUUUAUCGGGAGGAAACUGGGACACAGUCUCGGAAAGCGCAAAGAAUUUGGUUCGAAAUAUGCUUCAUAUUAAUCCUGGUAAACGAUGCACCGCGCAACAGAUUUUAUCGCACUCAUGGAUUGCAAACAGAAAUUCUUUACCACAAAAUAAACUUACUCUAUCAAGCAGCGUGACAAAAAUUAAGGAUGCAUUCAAAGCCACAUUUUCAGCGCUCAACUCGAGUCCGGAAUCAAGAAAAUUGAAACCUGUUCAAACUUCAUCACUCGCGCAACGAAGGACCGGGAAUAAAAUGAAACCAGUUGUCAAACAAUCUAAUGUAUGACCUCAGAAACGUUGGAUACCCAUGUGUGUACCUUAUGAUACUACAAGAAUCCCUUUGAGACCCAUAUGAAUCAUUUAUGACCCUUAAACUAUUCAAUAAAGAUAUAUGUACAGUAUUUUCCUAUUCGAAGUAACGUUUGUCGCACAGAGCGUAAUCUAUAAAUACAUCACAAAUAAAAAUUACGUCACUAGUAUGUUUGUAUAUGACGUUAUAAUUUAAACUAGUAAAAACUUAGUCGAGUACAAAUGUUGCUUUGUGAUUGGCUACGCUAGUCGCUAUCGGUAUUAGCCAAUAGAUGGCGAGUAGCGAGAGUCGGCCACAGUCUUUUGGAAAUAUUAUUUUCCUACUAGUUUUUACUAUAACAUUACUCUAGAUUUCUAUGAAAUAAUAGUUCAUUUGGGUUUGGUACUCAUCAGCUAUCAUUUCUUAGAAAUCUCAAGCUCAUUAAUCGAUAUCCAAGUUUCACAGAUUAUUUGUAAAAGGCAACUGUUUUGUAAUUUUUCAGAAUACGUACGCUUAUAAUAUCUGGUAGUGAUUUAAUACGUCGAUUGUAGUAAUUAUAAUAGACCUGUGAUAAUUGAUGAUUACCAGUAUUUUUACUUUGAAAUAUUUGUACUGUGAAUUUGUGCCAAUGAGGCCUAAAAAGUGUGUAUAAAAAUUGAAAUAAAAUCUUUUUGGCAGA